CAAAACGUAAGUAACAACAUAAAGCCGUAAAGCUAUCGCAAAAUAUUUCUUGCUCGUAGGAAUAGCUCAAGUAAAAGUACUUUGCAACAUUUGGUAAUUUUUGUCAUUAUUCGCGCCUUUUUCGCCGCUGUUUUGAGUUACCCAACACUGUGCAAACAUAUGUUUUAGUCAUGAAAUAAAGUUUAGUCGGGAUACAAUUUCAUGAUGGGUCCGCCAAAGAAGUCGAAAAAAGACCGCAAUGCGGGCGAUAAAUUUGUUAAGAAGCGACGCGCUGAGGAUGAGGCGUACACCCAGCUGGUGGACGACAAUGACAGCAUGGACAAUGCCAGUGAAUCGGACGGAGUGCCGGGCGCCGCAUCGAAGAACGCAGAAACCAACGACGAGAACAUCAACACAGAUGAGUACGGCGCCAAGGAUUAUCGGUCUCAGAUGCAACUACGACCGGAUCACGCCAAUCGACCACUGUGGGUGGCACCCAACGGUCAUGUAUUUCUCGAAUCCUUCUCGCCGGUCUACAAGCAUGCGCACGACUUUCUCAUUGCCAUCUCGGAGCCGGUCUGUCGGCCCGAACACAUACAUGAGUACAAACUGACCGCUUACAGUUUGUAUGCGGCUGUUUCCGUCGGUCUGCAAACCCACGACAUUGUGGAGUAUCUGAAACGCUUGAGCAAGACGAGCAUUCCAGAAGGCAUCUUAGAGUUCAUACGCCUUUGUACGCUGUCGUACGGCAAGGUGAAGCUCGUACUGAAGCACAAUAAAUACUUUAUUGAGUCACCGCAUCCGGAGGUGCUGCAGAAACUGCUUAAGGAUCCGGUCAUACAGAAGUGCCGACUCAUCCGCAGCGAGGGCGAGGGCUUCAUACAGGGCACCGUGGACAGUAAGGCCAUUACACAAUUCGGCACCAAGUUGCCCACAGUGGUUGACAAGCCAGCUGAGGAAUCACCCAGCACCUCGACAGCAGGAGGUGCUACGCCAGCGGAGGGUGCCGCUGCUGUUGUUGCUGUGCCCGAUGACAUAACCGACUUCUAUGAAAAGAUUGACAAGGAAGAGGAGGAUGAGGACGAAGCUAACCUGAAAACGGUAUCCUUCGAGGUGGCACAGGAGAAGAUUGAAGUAAUACAGAAACGUUGCAUUGAGAUCGAGCAUCCGCUGCUGGCAGAGUAUGAUUUCCGCAACGAUACCAACAAUCCGGAUAUUAACAUUGACCUGAAACCAGCUGCUGUGCUACGACCCUAUCAGGAGAAGAGUCUGCGCAAAAUGUUUGGCAAUGGACGCGCACGUUCCGGUGUCAUUGUCCUGCCCUGCGGAGCUGGUAAAUCCCUGGUGGGUGUCACCGCCUGUUGUACGGUGCGAAAGCGCGCCUUGGUGCUGUGCAACAGCGGCGUCUCCGUGGAACAGUGGAAGCAACAGUUCAAAAUGUGGUCCACAGCGGAUGACAGCAUGAUUUGUCGCUUCACAUCGGAGGCAAAGGAUAAGCCCAUGGGCUGCGGCAUACUGGUGACCACGUAUUCCAUGAUAACGCACACACAGAAACGUUCGUGGGAGGCGGAACAAACGAUGCGCUGGCUGCAGGAACAGGAAUGGGGCAUCAUGGUGCUGGAUGAGGUGCACACCAUACCCGCCAAGAUGUUCCGUCGUGUCCUUACCAUUGUGCAGUCCCAUUGCAAGCUUGGCUUGACGGCCACUUUGCUGCGCGAGGAUGACAAAAUUGCCGAUCUUAAUUUCCUAAUUGGUCCCAAGCUGUACGAGGCAAACUGGCUGGAGCUGCAGAAGAAGGGCUUCAUUGCGCGCGUCCAGUGUGCGGAGGUGUGGUGUCCCAUGUCGCCGGAGUUCUAUCGCGAGUAUCUGACCACCAAAACAUCCAAGAAGAUGCUCCUCUACGUGAUGAACCCCUCAAAGUUUCGCAGCUGCCAGUUCCUCAUCAAAUACCAUGAGCAGCGUGGAGACAAGACAAUCGUCUUCUCCGACAAUGUGUUUGCCCUGAAGCACUAUGCCAUCAAGAUGAACAAGCCCUUCAUCUAUGGACCCACAUCGCAAAAUGAGCGCAUACAAAUUCUACAGAAUUUUAAAUUCAAUGCCAAGGUCAACACCAUCUUCGUGUCCAAAGUGGCUGACACCAGUUUUGAUUUGCCCGAGGCGAAUGUGCUCAUUCAGAUAUCGUCGCAUGGCGGUUCACGUCGACAGGAGGCACAGCGUUUGGGUCGUAUUCUGCGCGCCAAAAAGGGUGCCAUUGCCGAGGAAUACAAUGCCUUCUUUUAUACGCUCGUCUCGCAGGACACCAUGGAGAUGAGCUAUUCACGCAAGCGUCAGCGUUUUCUUGUGAAUCAGGGCUAUAGCUAUAAGGUGAUUACACAUCUCAAGGGAAUGGACACUGAAUCGGAUCUAUUUUACGGCACACAAGAGGAGCAGGGUCAACUGUUGCAACUGGUGUUGUCCGCCUCCGAUUUGGACUGCGAGGAUGAGAAAGUGCCUGGCGAGCCGGGCUAUCGUCCAAACGGCCCUGGCACCACUAAACGUAUGGGCGGGCUCAGCUCGAUGUCUGGCGGCGAUGACGCCAUUUACUAUGAGCAUCGACGCAAGAAUAUCGGCAGCGUUCAUCCAUUGUUUAAGAAAUUUAGAGGAUAAGUGAAAUAGUUCGCAGCUCAAUAAAACUAACUCACUCAA